AUGACCGUGGAAGAGUACCAAGUUGGACAGUUGUGGUCCGUGGCGGAGGCCUCCAAGGCUGAAACUGGUGGUGGAGAAGGCGUAGAGGUUCUGAAAAAUGAGCCUUUCGACGGCGUACCUUUGUUAAAUGGACAGUUUUGCAAGGGCCAGUAUACACACAAGAUAUAUCACCUUCAAUCGAAAGUUCCCACAAUUAUACGAAAAAUAGCACCAAAGGGAUCUUUAGCGAUACACGAAGAGGCAUGGAACGCUUAUCCCUACUGCAAAACAGUUCUUACUAACCCUGAUUACAUGAAAGAAAACUUCUUCAUAAAAAUCGAAACCAUGCAUUUACCAGACAGAGGUGAUACGGAAAAUGCUCAUGGUCUUCCUCUUGAAGAACUUUCUCGGAGGGAAGUGGUACAUAUAGACAUUGCCGAUGACAACGAAUACCUGCAUGCGGGUGAUAUCAAUCCUUCAACGUGUCCAAGUACAUUUGUGAGCUCGAAAACUGGACGUCCCUAUACUUAA